GGUGAGAGUUCCUGUGCGUGAGGUUGCUUCUUAAUGUAAAUAAAUAAAACUAAAUGUCAUCACUGGGUGAAGCAGCAUAUAAACUCGCAAAGGAAGCCAAGCGUACAUCAGACUUAUUAGUUACACCUUACAAUGAUGACCUUGUUCAGACAUUAUGUAGAGAAAACCGUUUAUUCCAUAAUAAAGCAAAAACAACUGUCGAGAAUAUGAAGGCUAGUAUGGAUCCAAACAUCACAAGAGAUCCUAGUAAAAUAUCACAAGUCAUGCUUUAUCAUUUAGCUACGAAAAGAAACAAGCGUGUAUUAUUUGCAUAUCAUCGUCAGCGCAUCAAUAAACUUAAAGAGAUUUAUUGGAAUGUUGGUUUACAGUCUGAACAUCAAAAGGAAAUUAGAGCAAGUUUAGGUCCAGGAGAACAUCAAUUCUUGGAGGGUUACGUAGAACUAGUGAAUGCAUACAAACAACACUUUUUAGACAUUGACUUGGGAGGUAAUGGUGGGGUUGGACUUGAUCCUCCCAAGGAUUUAUUCAUUCAAGUCCGUGUCAUUCGCGAUGCUGGUGAGAUUACAACUGAAUAUGGUAUAUUGAACCUUGUCAAGGGCAAUCAGUUACAUGUACGUAGAACUGACGUAGAAUCUCUUAUCAAAGCCGGUUACUUGCAGCAUGUCACAGAAUAA